CCUUAGAUGACGUUUUAAUUACAAACAAAAAUGGCAACUGGCCCGAAAGUUUCAAGCGUUGACUUAGCUGAAAAUAUAAAUGAAAAUAACGAUGGGAAAACUGUGAUUCCAGAAGUAUCAGACGAGAGGAGAGAAGAAGUUAUUCAAGAGAUUAAAAAGAUUGAAGAUGAUAUUGUUAUGUUAAAAAAUUCCAUCCAACGCAAAGAAAAGAAACUUAAUGAGUUACGGAAUGAAAUUGGUGAUACUCGCUGGGCCAGAAUUCAAAAUUCUCAAGCUGUUAAUAAAUCAAAGCAAGUCCUCUCUGAUGCAACUCAAAAAACUUCCAGCGCUUUGAAAACACUCGGAACUGCUACAGUAAACAAAUGGACUGAAAUAAAAGAGUCACCUAAAGUUGCUUCUGUGUCAGAAAGAUUUUGGACGACAACUAAUGUUGUAAAGAACAAAAUUCUUUCCGGAUCAUUCGGAUCUAGACCAGCCAUAAAAGAUGCAUCAGGAAGUAACUUUUAACAAUUAAAAAAAGUUUUUAUUUUAAAUAUUUUCAAGACUUUUUAUUACAUUUUUUAAAUAUAAACUUAUUAGUUUAUUCUAAUGAGAACUGUAAACUAGAUAUUAGAUGCUGUUAGUAUGAAGCUAGAAAUUUGAAAGGUAGAUUAUUUGGAAAUCAGACCAUUUUUUUACAUAGGAUCAUUAUUCUUAUGUUAUAUUUAUUUUUAUUAAGAUUUGUUAUAUGGAUUUUGUGUUGUUAGAUUUUGUAUUUUGUAACCAUAUCCUAUGUAUUUGAUUAUUUAAAAGAUUUUAUUUAUUUUAAA